AUGGCAAUAGCUUUAACACAAUGCUCAGAAAAGCUAGGAUACCUCAUUGUUCAAUUAGCAAAAAAUUUCGUUGUGUUUAUGGUGAUGGUGAUUGUAUGCAAUGGUUUACAUUUUCUUCUAAAGCCUUAUAAACAACCUCGCAUUACUUCCGACAUAAUCGUUGGAUUAGUAAUGGGAAAUGCGCCAUUUUUACGCGAUUUAUAUGGACAAUUCAACCAUACAUUUGGAUUUAUCAUUGAUUUUGGAAUGAUGUGUUACAUGUUUGCUUUGGGUGUAGAAAUGGAUCCUUAUGUACUCUUAAAGAAACCAAGUAGGGAUGUUCAAGUUGCUUAUGCAGGAAUAUUCACCACAUUCAUCAUCGCAUGUUUAACAACAUCACUUAUCCAAUUCUUCCCAAACCAACAACAUGUAAUAGGAUAUACUCUCACCCUCGCAACACUUCUCUCUAGCACGGCAUCACCCGUCCUAACUCGUCUCAUAACCAGUCUCAACAUAGGAAAGUCGGAUAUUGGGAAGCUCGUCAUAACAGCCGGGAUGUACUCCGAUUUUAUCUGCUCUUUGCUUCUUUCAGUCGGCUACAUUUUAAUGCCGCUGGACACAUAUUGCUCCGGUAUCGAACAAAAAGGGCAAAUUAAAAGGGCAAUUGUAAUGAAUACUGUUGUUCUUGGCCAAGCAUUGUUCACAGCAACGUUUGCACCGGUUUUCAUGAAAUGGGUUGACAAUGAAAACCCUGAAGGGAAACCUAUGAAAGGAUCACAUUUGGUAUUAUCACUUGCAUUCAUGGUUAUGAUUUGUGCUUCAUCAAUAGUAUAUAACUAUAAUCCAAUUCUAAGUGCAUUUAUAACUGGAAUAUGUUUUCCUAGGGAAGGAAGAGUUUCAAAAUGGGUUAUUAGCAAAAUCAACUACAUGUUGACAAUGAUAUUUUUUCCCAUUUUUUUCUUGUGGAUGGGUUAUGCAGCUGAUAUUAGGCAUUUUCAUCCUGGAGCUUUAGAAACAUGGUUAAAAUUGUUUAUAUCUAUCAUAAUAGCAAUGGUUGGUAAAGUUGCUGGAACAGUUGUUUCUGGUGUAAUUCUUGGCUUUCAUUGGCCUGAAUCAGUUGCUAUUGGAUUGCUACUUGCUACCAAGGGACAUUUGCAUAUCUACAUGGCUAUCAAAGUGAUGGGUUGCGGCUCCAAUACUUCGACCGGCAUUGCGUUGAUAAUUGCAAUAUUUUUCACAGUGGUGCACACCCCCGCAGUCGUUGCACAUAUCAUAAAACGUGCAAAGCGAAAAGUACCUACUCGUCGCAUGUCCCUCCAAUUACUUGAUCGAACAAGUGAGCUAAGGAUUCUGCUGUGCCUUCAUGGACCUGACAACAUUUCUGCUUCCAUCAACUUCAUGGAGAUCUCAAGAGGGAAAUCAGAUCCCGGCCUUCUGGUAUACGUCACAGAAAUGAUUGAACUAACUGAUCAAAUAGCAGUCACAGUAGAAAGAGGCGAAGGAGUAGAAACAACAAAUGUGAAAGAUAAAGAUGUCAUGGCAAUGAGAGAUCAAAUAACCAGAUCUUUUCAAGCUUAUAUAGAAGAUGAUGAUGAUGGCGUCACACUCAAAAGAACAAUGGCUGUGUCAACAAUAAAUAAUAUGGCACAAGAUAUUUGCACUUUGGCAGAGGAUUUGAUGACUGCCCUCAUCAUACUACCAUUCCACAGGACUCAAUUGAAGAAUGGAAAAUUGGAUGGUGGCAAUCAAGGAUUCAGAUAUGUGAACCGAAAGUUAUUGAAGAGUGCUCCUUGUUCCGUGGGGAUUCUAGUGAACAGAGGCUUGGGGUCCCUUGGAAAGAUAUCAAAGACUGAAGCAUCACUCAAUGUGGCAACAUUGUUCAUUGGUGGAAAAGACGAUAGAGAAGCACUGGCCUACACUGGUAGAGUAGCAGGACAUCCAGGAAUAAAACUCACAGUUAUAAGAUUUUUAGUAGAUACCAGUGCUGAAUCCUCAAGAAUAGCAGCAUACAGGGUAAGCCUUCCAGAGAAAGGCGAAGAGAUAGCGCUAGACGAUGAAUGCUUUGCCCACUUUUACGAUAAACAUAUUUCCGGAGGAAAAAUUUCUUAUAUGGAGAGGCAUCUAACCAAUGCUGCAGAGACUUUCUCUACUCUCAAAUCGUUUGAAGGAAAGUACUCACUGGUCAUUGUGGGAAGAGAAAGUGGAUUGAACUCAAUAUUGACAAAGGGGAUGAAUGACUGGCAACAGUGUCCGGAAAUGGGGCCAAUAGGGGAUGUUCUUUCAGGACCAGACUUUUCAACAACAGUGUCUGUAUUAGUAAUCCAACAACACAGACAUAAAGGAGAAAUAGAUGGACUUGAUGAGGAAUUCAACAUCAUGUAG